AUGUCAUCAUCGCUAGCUGAUUUCAAUUCAGCCCUCGAUAAGCUUGAUUUGACCGGGAAGAACUGGCUCACCUUUCAGCAGCAGUUCCUCAUUGCGGUCCGACAGAAGAAGGUGUGGUCGCAUUUCAACGGCAUGACCCCCACACCAGCUGCUGCAGAUCCCGAUAAACCUACAGCAGCUGAAGUCCUUGCUAUCAGUCAGUGGCAGGAGAAGGAAGACCUUGCUCUUUACCUUCUUGUGCAGAAGCUCCCUGAUGUGACGUUCACGAAGCAUCGACACAAGGGCAAUACAGCUGCAAUCUGGGCUGCAAUCAUCCAGGAGUUCUCGCAGAAAUCCCUCCUUCUUCGUGCAACCCUUCCUCUUUUCGGCAGUCACAUCCCGCCCGGCACUUCGGCUCAGUCACCCAACACUUCGAUUUCGCCUUCGACACUCUUCGACAUCUCCGAUGGUGCGCGAUGCUUGCUCGAAGCUCGGCGCGGUCGUCCCGAUGCCUCGCGCGUAGAUCUCGGGACAUCUCCCGCAUUCGGCGGUGAUACGACCUACGAAACCCUAACCCCUAACCUGGGUGCGACCUAA